AUGCCUUCGAGAAACGCUGUGAAUAAGCCCAAAAAUAAAAUCCACAGAGCUCAUCACGCCCAGCAGCUCGCCAAAAAGAGAGCAGCCCGUGCUGCCACCGCAUUGCCCACCAGAUCAUCUCACGGCAGAUACAACAAGAAUACCGUCCCCAGACCCACCGACUCCAAGGCCGUAGCUCUUUAUACCGGAGAAGGCCCAACACCAAGCAGCGGGGUUACCACCAAUACUCUUAGCGGGAAAAGAGCGAAAAAGCUUGAAAGAAACAGCAGGUAUAUUGCUAAGCGAAAUGAGCAGUUGAGUAUCGAUCUUCAAGCAAAGGAAGACAUGGACAUCGAGAUGGGCGAUGGUGAAAGUAGAAUUCCAAGGAAAAAGAAGCAUGAGAAGGAACCUACCCAUUUGGAUAAGGUGAAGCAGGCGCUUUGGGCAGUGAUUGACGACACAGACGCCGUAGGAAUGAACUUGAAUGUUACAAGUGAGGGCACCACUAUUGGCGUGCAAGCAUUCUAA